CGGAGUGACGUAGUGGUUGCCGCAGCAACCGAGUUGGCGUCACCACUCUCGCCUUUUGGAUUUCAUGACUCCGCGUUUCUUCCCGAGCUCUCGGUCUGAGAACCCGCACAGCCGCGGCGGCGACAUGGCGGCAUGUUUAUGAGGAAUACCUCCCUUUGCGUCUCUCUCCGUUUAUCGGGGCUGUGCGCGUCGGAGCUGCCGCGGAGCUGGAGCUGAGACGCGGGGACUUCGCGGCGUCCGUGCGCUUGUUUCCCCCCCACCACCAUCCAGCGUCGGCCAACAUGGCCGAGGAUGACAGCGAGUGGAUUAUAGAGAGCAUCGUGGGCUACCUGGCAAGUCCGGAGUGGGUUAUCCCCGUCACGGACUUUCUGGAAAACAAAUGUACAGUUUUCGAUGACGAAGAUGAGAACAAGCUUUCAUACACAGAAAUCCAUCAGCAGUAUAAGAACCUGGUGGAGAAGCUGCUGGAGAAUUAUAUGCAGGAGGUUGGCAUCAACGAGCAGCAGUUCCUGGAUGCAUGCACCUCUCCCUUUGCCAAGUCCCAAUCUUUGCAGCCCGUGUUCCAGCCGGUUCUGGCUGCAGACGACUUCCAGAUGUUUCGCUCGCUGAUGGUUCAGAAGAACAUGGAGCUGCAGCUCCAGGCCCUCCGGGUCAUCAAAGAGAAGAACGGCGCCCUCCCAGAGUGUCUCACCGACGGGGUCGACGUGAUGACGGAGCUGCAGCAGCAAGAGAUGAAAAUCCUGGAGGAUGUCCUAAGAAAGUCAAAGGAAGAGUACGACGAGGAGAUGUCCAGGAGGCUGCUGACGGAGAAAAAGAUUGGUUCCACCUCCAGCAGCUCCUCGGAUAAGACGACCGCGGAGGGGGAUGAGGCUCAGGAGGCCCCGCUGACCACGAGCGAACAGAGCAGCGCUUCCAGACCCACAGCAGACUGUGGCGGCGGCAGCUCCCCGUCCAGAGUCCUUCCAGCCCUAAGAGUCCCAAAGAAAGGCAGCGAGUCGCCUGAUGCAGGCAGCGGGGAGGCUGCGGCCGAGGCCUCCCUGGAGGAGGCCCACAGGGAGGCUGGAUUCUCUAAGCCAUACACCGAGCUGUCAGCGUCGCAGCAGGAGCAGCUGCAGCAGCGCGCGGCCUACCUGCGGCAGCAGCGGGACAAGCUGCACGCCCUGAAGAAGGAGCAGCAGAGAACCAGACAGGCUGCCGUACCCCAGGAGCCGGCGGCCAGCCCCCCACCAGCACCCUCCACCCACCCGGAGGCGGCGGGACAGCCCCAGACGAACGGGGCCGGCUCCCCUCCUCCUCCUGCUCCCACCUCUCCGUCACAACACUCUCCUAACUCCACCAAACAGAAGGAGAUGUCCGCUGAGGAAAGGAAGAAGCUCCAGAAGAGGAAGCAUCUGGCCGACAAGCUGAAGGAGGAAGUCAUCAAGAAAUAACUUUCACUCACACGCAAUAAGUUCUCCAGUCACUUCUCUCAGCUCUGGAGCACACGGCAUGCUUUGUACCCCAAUUGAAUUUACGUCAUACAAAACCUGAUUUUGCUGUUUUUUGUUUUUCCUUCUAAGAACGAAAAGUAGAAACCGCCAGUGUUGUGUUUGCUGCCAUCUAGUGGCGGGGUUUGGAUUUACGUCCAUCCGCCGUCUGACCGACGAGCUUCACAGACAUCAAGCCAACAUAAACGGCGCUCCUGUUUGUGCUGAUUUCUCCAAAAUGUGCAAACUGCGUGGCCACAGUUUGCAAAGUGGGGUACAAGAAUGAGCUCCUAUUCAGUCUUUUCCCCCAACAGAAAUGCUUCUGAAAUCAGUUGAUUAUUCCUCAGAUUUAAGGCUAAACAAUGUUCAGGUUUAAAUUUCCCUCUAACUCAUAAAAUAUACAGGAUUCAGGCGUGAAAAUGUCCCUCACAGAAUGUUAUUUUUAAAUAGUUUAAGCGUUUUAGCCCAAAACUGUCACACUACAGCUGGGCGGGUUAAGGCACCAUCAUGCAUACGUAAAGGUGUUUUUAAAGCGACAACCCACAUGUUGCUAAAUCUGACCGCCAUGGAAAAGUUUAAUUUAAACAAUGACCCUCAUCUAGAUUCAUUAGAGGGAUGUAUUUUAACUGGUUCUUUGAUUUAAUUUGGAUGACCAUGGCCUUUCUGCUGAGGAAAUCUGCUAAUUCAGUUCCUCCAUUUCAACACUGCAUCAGACCAUGGAAGAGUUUUGGUGCUGAAACGUGAGUAUAGUUCACUGCAUCAGGAGGAAUCACUUUCUGAAAUAAAUGUUUGUCAUGAGGACAUGCCAGAGGAUGGAGGACUACGGGUUUAACCGCCGUGUAAAAGAGGAGCGAGCUUGUGGACGCUGACGCUGCGCAUGCUCUGCUCCAACAUCACUUCCAGGACCAAAGGGAAGCUUCUUCCGUUCAUGAGGUCAAUCCUCAUGUUAGUAAAGAGAUUAACUAAUUAUUCCUAAAGGGGCUAAGAGGGUGACAUGUUGCUUUACACGAGUGCAGUAUUUAUCUUCAAGGCAGUCAGCCGUUCUCACUUUAAGCAUAUAUGAUGCACCUGUUUCUGUACGUGUUAUAUAUAUAUAUAUAUAUUUGCUGUUUUAAUAAAUCACAUUUUGUAGAAACAAGUUGAACUCCAGCUUUAGAAAUGACUGUAAAGAUCAAAGGUGGCUCGGUCACACAUGGCCCGUUAAUCCGCUGUAAGCUCGUGGAAAGGUGUCGCCUGUUCUUCACAGCGCGAGGAAAUCAUCAUGUUUCACAAGUUCAAUGCCAGGAUCACAUUUAAUUUCAAAACUUAUCAAAUAAAGUCAUACAAAUGUUAAGAAUGGACAGUGGUACUAAAUGCACUUGGUACAAAUUGGAGGGCAGAAACGGAGCAAAGCCGGGUUCCCCGCUCCGCUCCAGACGAGCCCGUUGGCCAUCCUUCCACUCGUUCCCGCCCCGCUGCUUUUCUUCCCACGUUCCUUUUCAAUCCCUUCAUCUGACUUUGUGCGUUUUGACUGUAAAACUCAUUCCA